AUGAUUUUUUUAACAAGUUUUAUACCUACAUUUUUCUUUGAAAUUGAAUGUCACUGAAUAAAAAAAGUAUACGGCAAAAUGGUUAUCACGUAUUAAUAUAAUGGAUAAAAGGUAUUUGUUUCAAGAAAUAGUUCCUGAUUAUAGUAAAUUAAAUAGCUGGUACAUUAUUAUGAAGUUUAUCGAAUUAUUUAUUUUUAUUACCCAAAACAAAUGUGUAUACUCUAGCCACCGAGAGAAUGCUACUCCUUGGCGCAUCCAAAUACCCGAGUUUUGCGGUUUUGUGCCCCAAUUUCUCCAACUCUACUAUCUACUCACUGCUGUAAAAUCCUCCACUCACACCGGCAAUGGUGGCGGUCAGAGUUCAAAUUUAGUGGUGAGAAUGCAAGAGAACGGAAAAAUGUUGGUCACUGCGAGUAGCGCUCUCUGGGUAGUUGGAGUAUACCAAAAUAUUUUGUAUAAUGCUGAGAUUUGGAUUGCCAAAUCCACCCGCUAUUAAAUAGUCAAACGAAUUAGAAGUUGGUGACUGCAGACUGUGAGGUAUUUUACAGCAGUACCUCACAUUUAUUUGGCGUACAAUUCCUAUACUUGUAGGAAUCCGGUUUUUAUAUGUGAACUUAACCUAAAUUACACCGUUUCAAUUGGUCGAGGUUACCAACCGCCAGUUCGUUUGAUGUAGCUCAAGUUAGUGUACCCGUUUUAACAAUGGUAGUUCAAAAGCGGUAUAUUUAUAUCAUAUGAAUUACAAAAUAAUUUAAUAGAUGUGUGGGUGUCAUAUGUCUAUCACCUGUAUGCCUGACGCUUGAUAUGUGUAGUGAAAAUUCACAAGUUGGCCACAGAAGAAGUUUUCUUAACUUAAAUGAAGUAUAAUAAAAAUUAUUAACAAUAUUUUAAUUAUAUUAAUAUAUGAAGUUAAUAAAUUAUCAUUAUAUUUGAAAUUAGAUUUAAAAUGAACUAAAAGCAUUAAAGUAUCAUGAAUACCUCUUGGCUUGCCAAAAAUUAUCUUAAUAAUAUUAUAUGACUUGGUAUUAAGAGGACACCUCACCCGCAUGUGUUGUUUCCGUCUUACAAACGUUUAACAUAUCAAAUUUACGCUCAGCAGUUCACACG